AAAAUAAUAUAACAUUAACUUAUGCAAAUUAAAAAAAGACAUUCAGUAAAUCCUGAAUUAUAAGUCAAAAAUCUAAAUGGCUAAUACAAAUCAGUUUGUAAAUCAUAGCACACGAUAGUUACAAAAGAUUUGUAGUCAUCACCUGUCAAAUUCAUUAGAAAGUAAGGCAGACAUACUUAAAGUUUUAUUAAUACUCAUUAAUCUCUGCAUAUUUGUAAUAAUCCUACUUAUUAACUUAUUUAAUAAUGUAUUACUGCUGCAGAAAUGAUUAAAGAGAAACAUAAAACCAAAACUACUCACAAAUUUUUUCAUAUUCGAUCUUGUUCUCAACCUUGUCCUAAGAUGCAGACCAUUAAUCAAUUACUUGACUCUUUGUUUGAUGAUGCUGAUAUUUCAUAAAUCAAGGAAUCAAAGAAUUUAGAGUAAAUUAAUAUGCUUAUAUUAAGAUUAGAAAUUUAAACUGUUAUGAAUUAAUUAAUUGAAGAGAAAAAAUCGAAAUAAAAAGCAAUAUUCUAGGGGGAAAGCCUAUUGAAGCAAUAAGAUCUUUCAAUAUCAUAUCUGGUAAUAUAUUCUAUUUACUUUUUUAGAAAUCUAGAAUCGAACAAUAUAAACUAUUAGUUUGAAU